AACGGGCGUCGCGGGGCGGCGGGAGCGCUGAGCGCCGGCGGGGCCGUGCCACUGUCACCGUCACUGUCGCGACAUGAGCGAGAGACAAGGAACCGGGSCUACAAAUGGGAAAGACAAGACGUCUGGUGAGAAUGAUGGGCAAAAGAAGGUUCAAGAGGAGUUUGACAUAGACAUGGACGCGCCAGAGACAGAGCGGGCGGCCGUGGCGAUACAGUCCCAGUUCAGAAAAUUCCAGAAGAAAAAAGCGGGGUCCCAGUCCUAGUAGCUACCUCACAGCGUAAAACAAAGUAAUYCUGAGAUGAUUUAUCAAGAAAAUCWGAUAUAACACAAAGAUGCAUGUACAGAAAUUAUCAAUAUUUAAAACCCCAUUGGCAGAUAACAACCCAUGAGCUUGUGUGCGACUUCAUCCCAGAUGUUUCACGCCCAUUAUCCUCUGUAACUCACCAUUUUACUUGAUGUUGUAAUAAAAAGUUAGGGUGAAGUAAUUAAAGUGUCUGCCUUCAUCUGUCUUUCCAUAUUAACCCAGCAAGCGCAGCGUUACAAAUGAACCCAGCCCAGAUGCCUGCUUCCCUCUCCACGUAAAGCUCGGAGUCAUAACAGCACCGUAUGUUGCAGGGAAUUUUGCUGAGGGAUGAGAUAGAUGCAUCCUCAGCCCUGCUUCCCUCAUUUGGAGAAUUCCAGCUGCCAGCUAAAUGUGAAAAUAAAAUGACUUUCUUGUAAUGAGCUGAAAGUAAAAUCAAAAGUUGUAGACAGAAGCUGGCGUGAGGGGUGUAGGAAGCAGGGAGCAGUUCGCUUUUUGUCUUGCAAGUGUGUCAAUAAAGUGGUUUCAGUGGGGAAAUUGUCCCUGUCCUUCCUCCUUGCAUGAUAACAUUCAGAGAUCUUGGACCGCAUUGACUGUUAUGGAAAGAAAACAAUAAACCAGACACAAAAUACCUUUGGAAGUUUGGGCCUGAUUUUUGUCUGUAAAAAUAGAAACUGUCCGUCUAAACUCUUGUUUUUUAAUGCAGUUUUUCAGUCUCUACGUAAUUAUCAGCUAUUUCUGUGCCUCCCCUUUGUAUUAUUUUCAGGGUUUGAGGAGUGAAUUGUGACACAUUUAGACUGUUCUGUGUGCAGCUCUGAGCCCCUUUAUCCCUGUGUUAGCCCAGCUUUGGUUCAACACAGAGCAGCUCCAGGGAGUGUCUGAAAUAGGGAAGAGAGCGGUGCCAGCCUGCCUUCCUCUCACAGAGCUGCCUGGAGCUGGCACUCCUUGAAGGGGGAGAUCCAAGUGGCAUUCCCAGCUCAGCCCAGGGGGUUCUUUCCUUCCUCUCCCACCUUCCACAGGAGUGUUUGAUCACCAGGGCAAGGGACAAAUGCACCGUUUGUCACCUGUGAGCAGAAAGCCACRAGCAGGGGUGGGAAUAGAGGGGAAGGAGGGGUCCCAUGCUGGUGGAAUCCCUUCUCACAGGAGCCCACAGAGAGGUGCAGAGCUCUGGGAUCACAGAGGAGAAUCCCUCAGCCUUYUGCAGGGUUAGACACUUGAGGUGCUGGACACCAGAUCAGUGAGGAGCCCAAAGCUGGGGUGGGUGCCGAGACCUCUGGCCCCGUGCUGGCUACGGGGAGUGCUCAGGGAUGCUGAGCAGGGGAAGCCUUACAGAUCCUGUGGGCAAUGAAGAAAGGUGUGCAAAUACGAUUUGUGAGGUGUUUGGGAAGGGUUGGGAAAGCACAGGGCUUUUCAGAACUCAUUUUGGGGGUAAACAUCUAAAUGCUGCCCAGACCCUGCUUGUGGAACCUGUCUGUGUCAGGUCCUGGCCCUAAACAUGAACUUCCCACUCAUCACCAGCAUCCUCCAAGAUGCAGCUCAGUGCUUUCAUGAUUUUUUUUUAAGCAGCACUGUUCCUCUGCAUUUAAGAAUUUCACAAAUAAACAUCAAAUAACAGCUCUGCUGUACUCAGAGUGUGGUUCGUGGAGGCCUCAGUUCCCCCACUUGUCUUUCACAGCGACUGCUCACCAUAUAAUAAUAGCCUCAGCAUAAUAAUCUAAAAAUUGUAAUGGCUUUGGAUUGUGUUGGUGCCAUUUUGUUUAGAUGAACAUAUAUUUGUAAUAAAAGACUGCAUUUGUGUUCUGCAUUAUGUCAUUUGAAGCAGCAUGAGCUCUGUAAUGGCUACUUAAUUGAAUAAAAACUAUGGGUAAGCA